UUUUAUCCCACCCGGCGGCGGACGCGUGAGCCGUGUUCCGGGGUUCCACCUCGGAGCAGCGGUUAAUCUCUGGGCGGUGUGGAGCGGGCCGACCUCGUUCGGGCAUCGAGUUUCCUGCCUGCAGCCCUGCCGCCUCGGCGGCGCCUCUGGUGCAGCCAUGGUGGUGCUGCACGUGAAGAGAGGCGACGAGAGCCAGUUCCUGCUGCAGGCGCCCGGGAGCACCGAGCUGGAAGAGCUCACGGCGCAGGUGGCCCGCGUCUACAACGGGCGGCUGAAGGUGCACAGGCUCUGCACAGAGAUGGAAGAGCUGGCAGAACAUGGUGUGUUUCUGCCUCCUAAUAUGCAAGGGCUGACUGAGGAGCAGAUUGAAGAGCUGAAACUGAAGGAUGAGUGGGGGGAGAAGUGUGUGCCCAGCGGGGGAUCCGUUUUCGCAAAGGAUGACAUCGGGCGAAGGAACGGGCAAGCUCCAAAUGAGAAAAUGAAGCAGGUUUUAAAGAAGACAAUAGAAGAAGCCAAAGCAAUAGUGUCCAAGAAACAAGUAGAGGCAGGAGUCUUUGUUACCAUGGAGAUGGUGAGCAGCGCCUUGGACCAGCUUCGCGGGGCCGUGAUGAUUGUUUAUCCCAUGGGGCUACCACCGUACGAUCCCAUCCGGAUGGAAUUUGAAAAUAAAGAAGAUCUGUCGGGAACUCAGGCAGCCCUCGAAGUCAUCCAGGAGUCAGAGGCACAGCUGUGGUGGGCCGCCAAGGAGCUGAGAAGAACACAGAAGCUUUCAGACUAUGUGGGGAAAAACGAGAAAACCAAAAUCAUCGUCAAGAUCCAGCAGAGAGGUCAGGGCGCACCGGCCCGGGAGCCCAUCAUCAGCAGUGAGGAGCACAAGCAGCUGAUGCUGUUUUACCACAGAAGACAGGAGGAGCUCAAGAAACUGGAAGAGAAUGAUGACGACUCCUGUCUGAACUCCCCGUGGGCUGACAACACGGCUUUGAAAAGACAUUUUCAUGGGGUAAAAGACAUAAAGUGGCGGCCCAGGUGAAGGCUGCACUUGACUUCAGAACCACGGCCCACCAUUCUUGGGCAAAAUAAUUAUAAUCCUAUAAGACACUGUCAAAGGUGUGAAAAUUUCUACCUUCCUGGUUUUCCUUUAGUUUGAAUUUUUGAAAUAAGUCACAGUUUUAGAACUUAAUAAAUA